CCACGGGCACUACCCACGACCUCCGACUCCUGCUCGGCAGACUACCAUUACUUCUCGCAGAUUGUGAGACUGAGCAUAGGUGUAUCAGAAAUCAUGCAUUGUACAGCACGGAUGGGUCUGUAGCCGUCUGGCUGCAAGUAGCCAUCUACCCCGGGGCACGGCAUCAUGCGGCCUUGAAGCCUUCCGCCGAUACGCGAUGACGCCUAAAUCCAGGACCAAAACACAUGUACCAGAUUACAAAGUUGUCGCCGGACAGGCGACACCAGCAUUCAAUUAUGGUGAGGUACAAGCUGAGGAGGUCCUGGCCUUGCAAUCGAUAUACAUGGAUGACUUUGAGGACGUCAAGUCCAAAUCAGCUUGGAGUAAGACCGAUCGAAGCUUUAACCUGAGACUGCGAGCUUUCUCAGCUCCGGACGCUUCUGUGGUACUCUCUGUAAGACUGACUGCGACGUACCCGAAGUCUGCGCCCCUGCUUGAUGUGUCGUCACUAGACGGUUUCCAUGAGCGAACGCAGAAGCGUGUGCGUAACAUUCUUGCGAGUCGACCGAAAGCCUUACUCGGUGAAGUUAUGAUACACGAAAUUGCCUCCGAGAUACAGGAUGCCCUUGAGGAUGCUGUGAGUGCUCGGCAACAAGGCACUCUUCCAAGCCUGGAGGAGGAACGAGUGACCGCCGACGAUCUCGCCACCGAGCACGCAAAAGAAGCCGAAGAGGCUGAACGCCGGCUUCAUCGCGAGAGCCAGGAAGAAGAGGAUCGAGUGCUACGUCAAAUGGCCGACGAUCUUGUGCAGCGCCGAGAUAAGCGUAAGCCUGCGAAGGAGGUUCGUGACAUCGAUGCCACGGUCAUGGAAGACAUCCUGGACUUCGAACAGGUCGCGGAAGUAAUCGUUUCAUCCGAGGUGGCCCAGUUCAGCAAGGUUGCUCUGUGCGGCUCUACGACUGUAGGUGCAGAAGAACUCGCGCGGCCAGUCGUCUCCCACAAGAACGUUCCACUUGUGGCGGUGGUGAAGACGACCAUAACCGGGUCUAGAGAAAUGACCAUGCAGACUGAGUCAACGCUGGAGCUGGUCCGUAAGCUUCGGCAUCCAGGCAUACUGGGCUUGUUGGCAUUCCGUGUCGACAAGCUGCACGGAGACACUUCGAGGGUAACUCUAUGUACUGAGCAUGCAGAUCGCGGUACGUUGCACGAUCUCCUGGGAACGGCCAUACUGAAGCCGGACAAGGCACGGCAUUACAUCGUAGACGUGCUCGAAGCGCUAGACUACAUGCAUCAUCGUGGUCUGGCACAUGGAAAUCUCAAUUGCCGCAGUGUCUACAUGCAUGGCAUUUCUCUCGCUCCCAAGCUAGGUAACCUCGGACACUGGAUGCUGGAUACGGAACACGACGCUUUGCCAACGAAGUGGAAGCCAGAUAGCAAAACCCCCGACAUGCACAACCUCCAAAAAGCCGACAUCUGGCACCUCGGCGUGAUGACUCUUCAGAUGUUUCUUGGCAUCGACAUCAUCAGCAGGUACCUGUCGCCCGCUUCCUUGCUCAACCGUCUCGAUCUAUCUGACGCCUUCGUCGACUUUCUCCAUAAGACCUUUAGUGAGAGCGAUAAGAGGCCGUCUGCUUUCGAUCUUCUGCCGAGCGAGUUCCUCCGAACGGACUCGCCCAUAUACGCUGCCGAGUCUGCACUCCCCACCUCGCAGCGCUACGCCGACAUUGCAAGUCCAGCGAAGCACAGAUCUCGCCAUAAUUCUUCCCACACCUAUGACGCUCCUAACAGAGAGCCAUCAUCACGAUAUACGAACGACUUCACAGAGCUUGGCAGAUUGGGUAAGGGUGGCUUUGGCGAGGUUGUUAAGGCUCGCAACAAGCUCGAUGGCGGUGUGUAUGCGAUUAAGAAAAUCCGGCAAGCACCCGACCUGCUAGACAAAGUCUUAUCCGAAGUCAUCCUCCUCAACCGCCUUAACCAUCCUUAUGUCGUACGUUAUUAUUCGACAUGGCUCGAAAGUGACAUAUCAGAUCAAGCUCAUGAAGACGACUCGUCCGCAAUCGUCACAGAUGAGCGCACCCGGACGGAUUCAGGUCAGUCGGAGCAUGUAGGGUUUGGAUACCAGAGUACAGGCGGUCUGGACUUCAUCUCGAGUGGCUACCCCAAUGUUGAAUUUGGCGGUGACGACUCGUCCGAGCACUCUAAUGACCCUGAGGACCCAGCAGAAAGUGACCCGGAACAGUAUGCGCUAGCUCUUCGGAAACGACGAUCAGACAUCCAGCGCCCUCCGUCUGUGCUGUAUAUACAGAUGGAAUACUGUGAGCGUCGAACUCUACGGGACUUGGUUCUAAAAGGCAUGAGUACCGACGAUAGCUGGAAAUACAUGCGUCGAAUCACGGAAGGCUUGGCUCACAUUCACGGUCAUGGAAUCAUUCACCGCGAUUUGAAACCAGACAACGUCUUCAUCGACGUGGCAGGCAAUCCUAAAAUUGGUGAUUUUGGCUUAGCAACGACCGGUCAACACAACAUCUUGGAACGAGCAGUACAUCCAAACGGUCAAAGCGGGUACAUGUAUGAUGGCGGCGGUAUGACGCGCAGUGUUGGCACAACGCUUUACGUUGCGCCUGAACUGAGAUCUCGAUCACAAGAUACGUACAGCGAAAAAGUGGACAUGUAUUCGCUCGGCAUCAUGUUCUACGAAAUGUGCGAAGUAUUCGGCACCGCCAUGGAGCGGAUCCGGUCGUUGCAGCACAUUCGAGACCGACCAGGCGACCUUCCACCAGUCCUCUGCGCGAAUGGUGCAAAGUCUGCACAGGGCAAGCUGAUCGCUCGCUUGAUCUCUCACAAGCCUGCGGAACGCCCGACAAGCACAGAAUUACUGAGGAGUGACGUUCUGCCCGUUCGAAUUGAGGAUGAGACAUUACGCCAGGCAAUUAGUGGGCUCUCUGAUUGGCGAUCUCCAUACCAUCAGCAGAUACUGUCUGCACUGUUCGCCUCUGACGUGCAGCGUCCAAGCAAGGUACAGGCUAUGGCUUGGGAUGCGAAAGCCAGCUCUAUGGCUCCCAGCGAUGAUGCUCAUCGCCUACGAUGCCGUUCAGAAGCCAUCAGCACAUUGGAGAUGGUGUUCCGACGUCACGGCGCCGAGCCGAGCCACCGCGAGAGCAUUUUCCCCAAGUCCACUUACUAUGCCAACGCGAAUGUGAUCUCGCUCCUCGAUGCUGCGGGAAACUUGUUGCAAUUGCCAUAUGAUCUCACCCUCCCGCAUGCCAGAUACCUGGCAAGACAGUUGCCCAUAAUCAAGAAGACCUACAGCAUAGGCACAGUAUACCGAGAUGCCUUUACAGGCGGCCCACCAAGAGCGAAUGACGAAGUAGACUAUGACAUUGCAUUGGCCGGCGAAGACCGCUCAAUUGAUGAUGCGGAAGUCUUGAAGGUGGCAGAUGAAUUUAUGUCAGAGUUGCUGCCCGACGCAUCGAGCCGCAUCCAUAUCAAUCACUACGAUAUCCUGGACUCUGCAUUAGAGCUAUGCAGAGUGCCUACAGCGCAGCACUCCACUGCUAAAGAGAUACUCAGCAAGCUCGGUUUUCAUCAAUGGACAUGGUCGAAGGUGCGGGCAGAGCUACGCAAGUUCGGACUGUCGGAUACCUCACUGGACGAUCUACAGCAGCUCGACUUUCGCGAGAAUCCCGAGAAAGCCUUCAUACGUCUACGUGCCAUCUCGACGAAAGGCAGCAAGCAAGUCCAAGCGAGAAUUGAAAGCGCCAUUGCAUCGCUUGAGGCUACGAUGUCCUAUGCCUCUCAACUGUCUCUGAAGCAUCGAAUAUACGUCGUGCCACUUAGCAGUGUCAAUGCCAAGUUCUACGCCGGAGGCAUGUUGUUCCAGUGCGUUCUCGAGAGAAAAACGAACGCCGUUCUAGCGGCUGGUGGCCGUUACGACAGCCUCGUGCAGGCACAUAGGGAUCGGAGCACUGUCAGAGCUUGCGAGGGCGCUGUCGGUGUCUCGAUUGGUCUCGAUGCAAUUGUCACGCAUAUGGUCAAAUAUGGCAAAGGUCACAGCGACAGGCGAGCGUACCUUAGGAAGGAAGACCAAGCCUACAGUUCCUUCCAGAGGAGGUGCGACGUGACCGUUCAGGCCAGUACGUCAGACGGUCCUCGAAAUGUUGCAUUGCAAAUAUUGGCGCGACUCUGGGAGAGCAACAUCAGUGCCGAGCUUUCUGCGGAGCAGAAGAUACCAUCUAGUCACCUCGACUCGAGGUUGCUCGUGACGGUUCGCCACGAGGCCUCCAACACAGUGAGAGUUACCAAGACCUUCCACCCGGACUCUGACGAGGCCGAUGUGCCAAUAUCCUCCCUGGUCAGCCAUCUGCAGCAGGAGCUGCGCAAUGAAAGUGGCAAGUUCCGGCCGCCUGCACUUGGACGCCAAGUAAGCCAGCAAGACAGUGAGCGGAAGGCGAAUGUUCAAGUGCUCAUGGCACAGCAUCGAAGCAAGAAGUCUAACAAGUAUCACAUCGUGGAGGCCGCACAGCAGCGCUGGUCAGAGAAGCUUGCCGAGUGGAAGGACGCACCCAUACUCGCCAUUGAGACGAGUGACGCUGUGCUAGACGUAAUCAGAGAUACGAAGCUUGCGGACGCAGAAAGCUGGCGAAGGGCGGUUCAGGGUGUUCAGCUCAACGAGCGUCAAUAUCUGGGCCAGGUUCAAGGCAUACUCGCAACUUGGCGGAAGGUGUGGGCUGACGAUGAUGGCGCGCGAGAAGCGUGCGUCUUCAACUUCCGCACGGGAAGUUGCAUCUACUACGAUCUCGGGCUAUAGCGAGGGUGUGACAAAAUGAAGUAGGUAAGUGCAGACGCGGUCUGACAUACUGCGGCUACAUGUACUGCCCAGUCAAGGUCUCAAAGGCAGCUCCCAACUCAAGCGUGCCGGUUUUAGAGAAGCUUGAUGAUUUUCUGUAAACGUCGCCAUAUCCUCCCCCGUGAUGCUUGUGCUUCACUGCCGUGCCAAUGCCGCUGUCGACUCCCACUGCUUGACGGUUGUGAUAGCGCUGUCAGG